ACAGCGCCAUCUGCUCCAAAACUCCACCAAGAAAAAGGAAGAAGCGCGCGCGACGGAAAGCCGAAUAUCUCCUUUUUGUUGCAUUCCAUCUUUUUUGCCUUGGUAAAACCACAAAUUCCUUCGUUUUUACCGUCGAGAAAAAAACGGCCUGCAUCACUUUGCCGUGUCGGCCUUUCCAUGCUUUCCGAAGAGCCAUUUUUACGGCAGAUCACCGAUGUAGGGCUCCGUCCAAGAUACAUAACUUGGAACAUUUCAAUGCUAUCUAUUACUGUAAUUCCUGUUGAUAUCGUAUUUGAUCAAAGCUCCCGCCCCGGAAUAGAGGGAAAAGAAGUGGCAUAUAUUACCGAGUGCCGGGAAGCCCGCGCCACGCCUCUCUCUCUCUCUCUCUCUCUCUCUCUCUCUCUCUCUCUCAGCUCCAGCGCCGGAAUUACACACACAAAAUUUACCUGCCGCCGCGGCAUUUGGCGCAGUGGGGAAAAGCCCGACAGCGCGCGGUGUUUCGCUGUCUUUUGCGGUCUUCUGGGCUUUGUUCUUGGGCGAAAACGGAUUCGCGGGACGUUCCCCGUCUCCUCGUGGCCAUUUUGGAGCCGCUUCGGCGAUGAUGACAUAGUAAAGUCCGUCUUGGUUUCUUGUCUUUCUCUGCUGGUUACAGUGUUUUUGCUUGUGUAAAGCUGCUUACAUACGUGCAUUCGAACCCUUGACUUUUCGCUUUUUUUCUUCUUUUCUUUCCAGAGAUGCCGCGAGAGAUACCGAAAGCAUUGAUCCCUCUUCUUUCGUACUUGGUAUCUUGCUAAUCGCGACUCGUCGGAUUAAUAAGCCGCCAUC